AUGCCCCUCUCACCAAGGAGGAGAGACAAAGGGAAGAAAAGAAAUCCUGGACAUGUGCCCAAUGCUGCUCGAGUUGUCUUGAUUGCAUUGUCAUGUGCUUCCGCGCUUGAACUACAAGCCGACAGCAUAAGCUUUAAAUUCAAAAAUAAAAUGGGAUUGAAGGAUGAGAUCCUUGAGUUGGAACGGAUAUGGCGCUUGGUUUUUGGGUUUAUGCAGCCUUUGAUUGCGGUUGUCGAUCAGAAUACCUUUGGUUCUUGGAGUUUGGGGCUUUCGACGUUGAUGCUAUGUGUAGCACCAAGUCAUUAUGACGUUCUUCUUCAAACCUAUUUCAAUUACAAGCGCUGUCAUGAGCGCAUCUUACAAUAA